CACAGCCUCCAGAAAGCGGCCUUGCCCCACCCCCAGGGAGGCCACCCGUGGGGGCCACGUGGCCACACGAAUGACCAGCCAGGCUUCCCUGGAGGCCGGCCUCCCAGGGAUGGGCCGGGAGCUUCCUGCCUGAGAGAUGACUAACGCCCUGGGACUCCUGGGAACAGCCAGUGUCCCCCUGGUGUCAGCGACCUGGGUCCAGCCCAGCCCCCUGCCAGCCAUGCCUCCCGAGCCCACAGGGCUACAGAUGGACCCCGUGGGGAACAGCUCCCAGGGAGCCUCCCCGCUGUUCCUCACCAGCGCGCUGGCCCGGGGCAUCUCGGGCGUGUUCGUGUGGACCGCCCUGGUGAUCACCUGCCACCAGAUCUACCUGCACCUGCGUUCCUACACGGUGCCCAGUGAGCAGCGGUACAUCAUCCGCCUGCUCCUCGUGGUGCCCGUCUACGCCUUCGUCUCCUGGCUCAGCCUCCUCCUCCUGGGAGCCCACCAGCACUACGUCUACCUGGACUCCGUGCGGGACUGCUACGAGGCCUUCGUUAUUUACAGCUUCCUGAGCCUCUGCUUCCAGUACCUGGGGGGCGAGAGCGCCAUCAUGGCUGAGAUCCGGGGGAAACCCAUCCAGUCCAGCUGCCUGCACAGCACCUGCUGCCUGCGGGGCGCCGCCUACUCCAUCGGGUUCCUGCGCUUCUGCAAGCAGGCCACGCUGCAGUUCUGCGUCGUGAAGCCCGUCAUGGCCGUGGUCACCAUCGUCCUGCAGGCGGCCGGCAAGUACCAUGACGGCGACUUCAACGUCCACAGUGGCUACCUCUACGUCACGCUCAUCUACAACGCCUCGGUCAGCCUGGCCCUCUACGCCCUGUUCCUCUUCUACUUUGCCACCCGGGAGCUGCUGCUGCCCUUUGAGCCCGUGCUCAAGUUCCUCACCAUCAAGGCUGUCAUCUUUCUCUCUUUCUGGCAGGGGAUGCUGCUGGCCAUCUUGGAGAGAUGUGGGGUCAUCCCCGAGGUCCAGACGGCAGACGGGAGCCGAGUGGGGGCUGGCACGCUGGCCGCCGGCUACCAGAAUUUCAUCAUCUGCAUUGAGAUGCUGUUCGCCUCCAUUGCCCUGCGCUACGCCUUCACCUGCCAGGUGUACUCGGAGAAAGACCACUCUCCAGCCCCCAUGACGCCCAUGCCGAGCAUUUCCAGCGGCCUCAAGGAGACCAUGAGCCCCCAGGACAUUGUGCACGACGCCAUCCACAACUUCUCGCCCGCUUACCAGCAGUACACGCAGCAGGCCACGCAGGAGGCCCCGGGGCCCGGCUCCCACCCCAGCCUGGCUGGCAGCCGGAAGAGCCACAACGUGGAGAAGAGGAUGUUGAUCCCCUCUGAGGAGCUGUAGGGCCGGGUGGUCCAGCCUCCUGGAGAGGACAGGGCCCCUCACCCACCUGCCGGGCCCAUGGGAUAGGGCGCCUGGGCUUAUGUGAGGAGCCCAGGAACCUGCUGGGUGCAGCUAGCCAUGCCCACAGGUGCCCGCGGUGGGGCAGGGUCGCAGGAUGGACAGCGGGGGCGAUGGGGUCCGCGGGGGCUGUGAUGCAGGUCUCAGCCGGGCCUCACAUAGUCCUCUUGGGUGUCACUCCACACCCGUCCAGCCCCGGGAACCCUGGCCAGUUCUCACCCCGGGAGCUAUGCCCCAUGUGGGCCUGGGGGGUGCAGGGCCUCCAGUGACCUUGCUUCUUUGUACAUAAACA